AUGGGUGCACUUGCCGAGAAGACGCUCCUUGGUAUCCGCGCCGAUGUGUCAGCCACACUUCAGACAUUCGGAAUAAGUCCCGCCGAGGCCGAUGCCAUUGUCGAAAGGGGAGUACCAGAAGCCGCCAAUGGUGUUACAGCUCCAGUGUGCGACCUUCCCAAGCUUUUCCGUGAACUUCGUGCUCUUGGUUGCAAGACAGCUCUUUGCACAGCUGAUAGCAGAGCGAUUCUUCCCUGUAAAAACCCCAGCCUUUUAAGAAGAGCAACUGAAGAACAAAUGCGUGUGCUUGGGAUUUCAAAUAUGAUAGACUGCAUUGUCUGUGGUAAUGAUAUAGGCAUCAUUCCAAAACCAAGCCCUCACUGUGCUGUUCAAAUAUGCAAGCGGGUCGGAGUGCCUUUAAAU